AUGGCGGACCCGACGCUCCACCACGGGACCCAGCCCAUAAACCAGAUCGUCGUCGACUACACGCCGGAGGCGUGCACCCACUGCCCGAAAACCAAUUCCAUCACCCUGACUUACCACCGCGGCGACGCGCGUUGGCGGAGCACCAACCGCUUCCUCUACUGUUUAAUGAUUUCCGUCAUGUUCAAUCCAUCUGGGCUGAUCCUUCUUUUUAUGUCCACCAUAAUGCAGAUCUCUUCCCUGGAAGGAAACAAAUCCCAGGACGAGAUCGACUUCGAGUUCGUCGGAAAGGACAAGACCGUCGUCCAGACCAACUACUACACCGCAGGGAGCGGCAACAGAGAGCAGAUCCACGACCUAGGGUUCGAUUGCUCGGAUUGGUUUCACGAGUAUAUUAUGAAGUGGUCCCAGCAACAAAGCUAG